AAAUAAAUCAUUGUAACGUUAGUUUUGUUGUUGUAGUUUUUGUUUUCUGAGAAAAGCUCAGCAAUUUAUACUUUUACAACGGUUUCAUUUUCCUGGAUUUCCAUACGAAUAUAGGACAUAUGGAGGGAGAAGUAUCCUCACCGGGAACAUCAAUGGUGGAGCUAAGAGACUCCAUGGAAGAGCUCCUCAAGCUCAUACUGGGGUCCCCCAUCGAUUUGGGCUUCUCUCCCAGCUUUCUUCUUCGUUCCCAUUCCCAAAUUACUGAAACCCCAGAUCCUUUUUACAAGCGUUUAACAUCGGUUUUGUGUGAGUGGAUCGAUUCCGGAGGAUUGGAGGAGGACUUGAAGAAUAAGGAAGAGUGGAAUGAGUCGGUGCGAGAAAAGGGUUUGGAACUUCAAAAUGUAAUGUAUUUUGAACUUCAUGUUCAAGAGCCGUUCUUUACACAACUAAGAGUUGGCUUAAAGACAGUUGAAGGAAGGUAUGCCGUGGGUGACUACAAUCGAAUUGAAUCGACAUCUCUGAUUCUCUUCAAUAAAUGUUUGUUGCUUGAGGUUCAGGAAGUUCGUAGAUUUGCAUCAUUCUAUGAGAUGUUAGAAGCGGAAAGUCUUGCAAAAGUCUUCCCGGGAGUGAAAACCAUUCAAGAAGGUGUCCAAGUUUACAAGAAGUUUUAUAGUGAAAAGAAAGAACAACAACAUGGCGUCCUUGCAAUACAUGUUACGAUGCCAGCAUCACAGCUAUACAUUCCUUUGGCUUAG